UUCGCGCACGCGGACCGCUGAAACAAACAACACCAAAAACAACUUCUGUGCACUGGGACGUUUUUAUUUACAACCGGGAGCCAUCAAGGAAGACUUUUAACCGACUCUAGCACUCAACCUAGCCUGUCUUUGUUCUCUGGAGAUGUUUUCUCUGGAGCUUUAGGAGCGGGCAGCACUGCUCACUGACGCCGGGAUGAGUGGCAGCUCCGCGGGGUCCGGCGCGGCGCCGUGCCGCCUGGUUCAUUACUUCGUUAUCUGUGGAAUAGACACGGAGAGUGGACUGGAACCAGACGAGCUCGCAGCUUUGUACCAGUGGUUAGAAGCAGACCGCCAAGGCAGGGACCCCGAUGCUGCAGCCACAGGUGAAAACUUUGAGCAGAGCCCACUGAAGAGGACGUUCAAGUCCAAAGUUUUGGCCCGUUAUCCCGAGAACGUGGAGUGGAAUCCGUUUGACCAGGAUGCCGUCAACAUGCUGUGUAUGCCUAAAGGCCUGUCGUUCAGGACCCAGGCAGACCCACGGGAGCCUCAGUUCCACUCCUUCAUCAUCACCAAGGAGGAUGGCUCCCGGACCUACGGCUUCGUCCACACCUUCUACGAAGAGGUGACAAGCCCUCAGAUCUGCUCGGCCAUGCAGACGCUCUACCAGAUGCACAAUGUGGAGAACUCCUCCUCCCCAAACCCAGCGUCUUCCUCCUCCUCUUCCUCCUCAUCGUCCAGCAUGGACUCUCUGGCCAGCAGUCUAGACGAGGCCGACUCCCCCACCUCUUCUUCCUCCUCUUCCUCUUCGUCUCGCCGGGCGGGUGGUUACGACUCGUCUCGCGACACCCUCUACGUCUCUAAAGCUCUGUGUCUCAUCACGCCAAUGCCCUUCAUGCACGCCUGCAGACGCUUCCUGUCUCAGCUUCACCGAGCGGUCACGGAUAGCUCCGCCCCUCCCCUGCCGCUGGAGAGCUACGUCCAUAACAUCCUGUACGAGGUGCCACUGCCUGCUCCGGGACGCUCGCUCAAGUUUCACGGCGUGUAUGAACCCAUAGUUUGUCAGAGACCAGGGCCUGGGGAGCUGCCACUCGCUGACUUCCCUCUCGCUGAGGUGUUCAACCUGCUGGGUGUGGAGAACCUGGUCCAGGUGUUCACCUGCACGCUGCUGGAGAUGCAGAUCCUGCUCUACUCUCAAGACUACCAGCGGUUGAUGACGGUGGCUGAAGGCAUCACCACACUGCUGUUUCCCUUCCAGUGGCAGCACGUCUACGUCCCCAUCCUGCCGGCGUCUCUGCUGCACUUCUUGGACGCUCCGGUCCCGUACCUGAUGGGUUUGCAGUCCAAAGAUGGGACGGAUCGCUCCAAACUGGAGCUGCCUCAGGAGGCCAAUCUUUGUUUCGUGGACAUCGACAACCACUACAUCGAGCUCCCCGAAGACUUUCCCAACUUUCCCAACAAAUCCGAGUUCGUCCAGGAGCUCAGCGAGGUUCUUCUCAGCUUUGGCAUUUCUCCAAACUCUGGGGCCCCUCCACGGACCCGUACGCCAGGCAGCACCCCUGGCAGCACCCCUUCUACUCCAAACCGGGAGCGAAGGACAGCCGCUCUGCGUCAGCUUGAGGACGACGGCCGAAAUGGCAACCUGGCGGGCGAGGAACUGGCGGUGUUGGAGCUGCUGCAGGGGAAUGCCACGCUGGAGAGGCUGCAAGCGCUGACCAAACGGACCGGGGUGACGGUGGCGCGCGUGGAUGCUUUAAGGGCGGGGGUUAAAGGUCAGAGCACAGAGGGACAAGGAGCCCGGACUGCAACCGAAGAAGAGGAGCUGAGGAACGCCAAGCUGAACGUGCAGCUGAGGGAGGUGUUUGCCAGUCGUUUCAUCACCAUGUUUGCCGACUACGAAGCUUUCGUCAUUCAGAGCGCACCUGACCUGGAGUCCUGGCUCACCAACAGGGAGCAAAUGCACAAUUUUGACAAGGCUUCGUUCCUGUCUGAUCAGCCCGAGCCGUACCUUCCCUUUCUUUCCCACUUCAUCGAGACACAGAUGUUCGCCACCUUCAUUGACAACAAGAUCAUGUCCCAGUGGGAGGAGAAGGAGCCGCUGCUCCGCGUCUUCGACACACGCAUCGAGAAAGCUCGUCUCUACAAUGUCCGCGCUCCGAGCCUCCGAUCGUCCAGCUACCAGAGGUGCUCCGUCCUCAAGGAGUCCGCUCAGGCUAUCGAGCAGCGUCUGGUGAAGAUCGACCACACGGCCAUCCACCCUCACCUGCUGGACAUGAAGAUUGGCCAGGGCAAAUACGAGCAGGGAUUCUUCCCCAAACUGCAGGCUGACGUGCUCAAUACAGGGCCCAGCAACAACAAAUGGUCUCAUAGAACAGCAACGACACAGCGAAGAAAAGACAGACACAGACAACAGUCAGAGCAUCUGAACCUCGACAAUGACCUGAAAGAGAAAUAUAUGCAGGAAGCUCGCAGCCUGCAGAAGAACCUGAGACAGCCCAAGCUGUCCGACCUUUCUCCUGCUGUCAUUGCUCAGACCAACUGGAAGUUUGUGGAGGGGCUGCUCAAGGAGUGUCGCAUGAAGACGAAGCGUAUGCUAGUGGAGAAGAUGGGCCGGGAGGCGGUGGAGCUUGGACACGGUGAAGCCAACAUCACGGGGCUGGAGGAGAACACUCUGAUCGCCAGCCUGUGUGACCUGCUGGAAAGGAUCUGGAGCCACGGGCUGCAAGUUAAACAGGGGAAGUCAGCACUGUGGUCCCACCUGCUGCACUAUCAGGCCCGAGAGGAGAAGGUGGAGCAGCAGGCCGAGUCUCCAGUGUCCAACGUUCCAGAGAGGAGGAAGUCUGACUGCUUCAUCGGGAUGCCGUACCUGCGAGUGUCUCUCAUUCAAGACAUGAGGCACAUCCAGAGCAUGUCGGAGAUAAAGACAGACGUUGGGCGAGCGAGGGCUUGGAUCCGUCUGUCUCUGGAGAAGAAGCUGCUCUCUCAGCACCUCAAACAGCUGCUGUGCCGACAAGCCUUAACAAAGAAGCUGUACAAGCGUUACGCCUUCCUGCGCUGUGAAGAAGAAAAGGAGCAGUUCCUUUUCCACCUCCUCUCUCUGAACGCCGUGGACUAUUUCUGCUUCACCAGCGUCUUCACUACCAUCAUGAUCCCUUACAGAGUCGUCAUCAUCCCCAUCAAGAAGCUAAGUAACACCAUGACCACGUCCAACCCCUGGGUCUGUGUUUCUGGAGAGCUGGGAGACUCGGGCAUCAUGCAGAUCCCUAAAAACGUCCUGGAAAUGACGUUUGACUCUGCUUUCAGGCCUCACACGCACAUCUCUGCCUUGUUCAAGUGUCAGAAUCUGGGAAAGCUGACCACGGUGCAGCUGGGUCACGAUAACGCCGGCCUCCUGGCUAAGUGGCUGGUCGACUGUGUCAUGGUUCGUAAUGAGAUCACGGGACACACGUACAGGUUCCCGUGCGGUCGCUGGCUCGGUAAGGGCGUGGACGACGGCAGCCUGGAGCGGGUGCUGAUCGGAGAGCUGGUGGUGCCGAGCGCAGAGGAGGAUUCUGGGAGAGGCUGUCGAACCCCUCCGCUGCAGCGCUCGCCAUCGCAGACUAGACGCAUCAGCAUCACGUCGAUGUCUGCACGAGGAAUCAAGCCGACUUCUGCUCAGAUCCAGGAGGCGAUUGGGGAGGCCGUCAACAACAUCAUCAAACAUUUCCACAAACCCGAGAAAGAGAGAGGCAGUCUGACUGUCCUGCUGUGUGGCGAGAACAGUUUAGUUGCUGCUCUCGAGCAGUUCUUCCAUCACGGCUUCAAGUCCGCCCGUCUGUUUCAGAAGACCGUGUUUGUGUGGGAUUUUGUGGAGAAAGCCGUUGCCUACAUGGAGUCAGCUGACCAGAUGGGAGACCUGCAGGAGACCGCUGAGCCUCUGGGGAUGACCUGCCAAUCACUCUGUCACUAUGUCAGUGCCAUCAACUCCACGCCGAGGAGCAUCGGCAAGGACGGGAAGUUCCAGCUACUUGUCUGCCUCGGUGCCAGGGAUCGUCUGCUGCCCCAGUGGCUCCCCCUGCUGGUGGAGUGCCCCGUGAUCCUGCGGAUGUACGAGGACACGGCGCUGCUCAGAGACCGCUCCACUGUCAACGCCCUGAUCGGAGUGGUGGAGACACUGCACGACUUCCCCAUCACACUGGAGGCUUCGCUGGUUAAAGGCAUCGACCUUUAGCGCCUAGAAGGACCAACAGGACGCUGCUCAACCCCACAACUUCAUCCAUAACUGAACCACCAGCUUCACACGCUCUUUAACAUUUAACAGAUCUGCUCUUGGAUUUCACACGUCUGUGGAAAGAGGCAGCCAAGCAUUGUGCUGCUUUAGAUAGAAGAAGGAGCUUUGGAUACAGUAUUUUAACCCUCUUCUGGCUCUGAAGGCUCUUUGUGGUGCAGUUUUGGAAAACGUGCUUUCUAUGUGAUUGUUUUUCUUCCCUUAAGGCUGCCAUUGUUCUGCUGUUUUAUCACAUGAAAAUCAAGAGAAACUUGGGGCAUCAUCACACAGUUUUAGGGCUUUAAAGGAAAGGAGCUUUAAAGAGUAAAUUUAUAAUACUGGGACAAUAAUGUUGUAGUUUUAAGAAAAAGGAGGCAAAAUUUGAGGAAAAAGUGGCAAUUUCAUUAUGAAACAAAUGGAGUAAUUCAAGAAACAUUUACUUCAAGAAACUCUGCUGGCUGCGCUCCAAAUUUUCCCUUUCAUAAUAAGAUUAACAAUAUGCUAACUAUACCAUAUAAUAAGAACUUCCUUUUCAUUCAAGUUACCCCCCCCCAGUAAAAUCGCAACUGUUUUGUUGAAAAUUUUAAAGACUUUAAACUCUACAUUGUAGAUUUUCUUCAAAUAUUUUUGUCCUAAUGUUUGGUCUUAAAGCAGAGGGUUUUUUGUUUUUUUACUUUAUUUUAUUUUAAUGUAUUUUUAGCAUUUAAUUUUUCUUGUUGGUUCUCAGCUGAAGCAUUAGUAUUCCUUUCCAAGGCAAACAUACAUUAUUUUUUAAUUUAACCUUUAUCUAGCCAGGUUGGUCCUGUUGAGGUCAGAGAUCUCUUUUUCAAGAGAGACCUGACAUCUUUACACUAACCUUUUUAAUAUAAGGCCACAUUUAAAAAAUAAAACAGGUUAAAAGAGCUGCUAUUCAUGGCUUUCAGCAAAUAAACAAGAGGGAAAGAGCAUUUGUUGGAGACUACUUUCAGCGGUGGGGUGGGGGGGUAUCCUGAAUGAAGGCUUGUCACAUGUGAUUAUUUGUCUAAAUAAUCCUCAAGUGUGUGGUGUCAACGUGAUUAUUUUACGGCUCCAAAUUGCGUUGUAGCCUCCCAGACCUCUAAUAAUAAAUAGCAAAAAAAUUUGAUCAUUACGAUUCUAGGUCACAUUGCCUUCAGUGUAACAACCAAUGAGAGCGAGCAGACUGGGUAUCGUCACCAGCCAGGUGUUACUAAUGCCUUACACCUAACAACUUUUCAAGCGAUUUCGAAGUCGCAGAAAAAAAUUCUGAGGCUGAAGUAAAAUCCUGAGAGUCUUGCUAAAGUUGCAGCAUGCUCGAAUGAUCUCAGUCAGGUGUAAGGUGGUCAUAAAACUCAAUCUGAGCAGGUUUAAGGAAGUUCCUCUUCAGUCUUGGCGUUACAAAAAUAUCAAACGUGUUUGAUAUUGUCAUAUGUUUAGACAGUCUUAUUUUUCAGAGAUUUAUUUUUGGGGGCUUUUUCUGCCUAUAUUUAGAGAGAAGUUAAAAAUGAGUGAGAGAGUAAGGGAGAGACAUGCAGGAAAGAGUCUUCAACUUGAUCUACAAGACUGAAACAAUCAUAUUGACACUAUACUUCAGGACUGUGUGGUACAAUCUUGGUUUGAAUUUGCCACGCCCUGCGAUCAUUGUGAUCAUUACUUUUCAGAAGAAACAUUCCAAAAACAUAUUAAAAAUGAGGUAGUAAAAUGAGGUGGUUAAGUAAAAGUUGAUUUUUAUGCUGAAACCAACCAAAACAGUGGCUUCCUGAGGAAGAAAAUCUAAAAAUGUGAAGCAUUCAUUGGAACGUGUCUUGCAGCCAUUGCACGCUGGUUUGAUCCAAACCAAACACAAAGUUUGGACCUUUGAACUUCUACUAGCAGCAGCUGAUGUCCCCCAUGUGUUAGCUAUGUAGCGUAGCCUUCCCUCAGUACUUACAACUCCAUAAACUGUGAUGAAUUCUCUUUCCUGCCUGUGACUUUAGCGCCAUCAUCCCCCGUUAGUGUUAGCAUUAGCAAGCAUGCCUCUGGGAUGUGGACUCUCUGACACACUGGAUCAGGAAUUAUUUCAAGCAUGGAGUCAUGGAUUCACCAGCUCUUCAUGCCAUUUUUUGGGGGCAUUUUCUCGUUUUCAGCCUGUGGAUUAACACAAAAACUGACCUCUGUGACGCAGCUUGGAGGGCGGAGAUGAUCUUGUGGCUGCACUGACAUUCCUACUGAAUUACAGGCAUCAACGUGGCUGUUUUCAAGUGUGUUUGUGUUUGAGAAUGUGUCAGAUUUCAUGGAUGUAUGGCUGUGAUAUGUGUGUGUGUUUUCACCUUGAUUUCAUGUUUAUAUCUCUAAAAGUUUUAAAGGGAUCUACUAGUUUCUGACAUCUACUGUAACACCAUUUAGCAUUACACAUUUAGUUAGAAUAUACAUUUUGACAACAUAGUCACCAUAACAACAAGGAAAAUGUUCAACUUCAAGCUUCUUCAAUGGCUUUAAACCACAUGUUUCACCUAAUGAGGGAGAAAAGCGGUUAAAAGUGGCUCAUGGUUAAUUCUACAAUCCAUCCCUGAAUGCUUUGCCAGUGCGAACUAGGAAGGCCAUUAUGAACGGAUUUUCUUGAGCACUCAAAUCCAAACAGGAAGUAAGCAGCUGAUGCAGUAAAUCUGGUCUCCUCUCGACCUCUGAAAUGUCUAGUGGGGUCACAACGUCACGAGAAGUUGUUUGGCAUGAAAAGGUUCAUUUGGGUGAUGGAACUUGCUGUCAAAAGUCAGAGAAUAAUCCAUCACAGUUAAAGAUGAAUGAGGUACAGCAACAGAACAGCAGCCUCCUGAUUAGCAUGGCAUGUCCUGUGCAACUACAAAAUGAAGAAUUGAAAACUGGAAAUAUCUGAGGUAAUUUAAGAACUCAGUUAAAAUAUAUAUGAUAGGAAUAGUCAUUUUUAAUUAACUUAGACAUUUCAGUGCAAAUAUUCCACAUGUAGCUUCAAGAAGAAUUUUUCAGUGGGACAUUUUUUUUAGGUAUUUUAGUGUUGUCAACCACAAACUGCAGUUACAUUUUCUACCACAGGUGUCACCAGAGAGCAUGAAACUGAGACUGGAAGAUUCUGACUUUAUGUAGGAACUUUGUGGUUUAAAGUUUGGCCUGAAUCUUAUAAGUGAAUGUUAAAUUUAACCAUUUUCCUCGCGGUUACAGAGGAAAUAUCACACAAAAUGAAGCAGUCGUUCAAUCUACAUUUAAGUAGGAAACAUUUGAGCUGUAAUGCAAACAAUAGCGACCCAUUGGAAAAAAAAAUACUUUUUAAUACCCAAAUAUUGAAUAUGCACAGGUCAGUGUACAUCUCAUUGCCCUCAGAUUUCAUCAUUUUAAAAAGCUCACUGAUUUCAUUGAACCUCUACUCAUUGAGGUAUACAACCAUGACUGAGUUCAGUGGAGAAAUUAAAGAAAAUAGUCCUGAUAUCACAUGAAUAAAGUUGAUGUAUUAUUGGAAUAACAUCACAACAUUUCAGCAGUAAAACCCUUAAAGAACUGAGCUGACAGUUUUUGAGAAUGAAGUUGUAAUAUGAUGACAAAAAGGUCAUAAAUUUAUGAUUAGAAAAGUGUUAUCCUUGUUUUUUAGGUAAAUCUUGAGUUCCUUCUGCAGAUGUAAUGAUUAUUUUUGUAUUAAUACAACUUAAUUCUCUUAAGACUGAUCUAUUUUUACCACUUUAUUUUCACAAUAUACCACCUGCUUUAUCAUUAGACUUUAAAUUUAUUCUCAAAAAGAUGCCGGUUUAUUCUCUUAAAACUUUACUUUCAUAGCAUUUGUACUUUAUUCCUGUAAUAUUGUGACUUUCUUUGGCUUCAAAACUCCCUCAAAAAUUCCUUAAAAUGAGGGUAAAAUGCUUUUUGGGACUACUUUUCAUGAUAACAAUAUAAUUUUUGGUCAUUAUUGAGCAUAUAUGAUGUCUUUUUAUGUUUUUAGCUUGGAGGUUUGUUAAAAAUGAGAGGAUUACAGAAAAUAUGCAACGUUUUUAUCAUUAAAGGAACUUGUUGAGAUCAGUAUGUGAUGUCAGAAUACACUGUAGCCGUUCAAACUAAAUGUAAAUUCCCAUAUGCAUUGAAUGCAGCAUGAUCUGUCUUGUAUAAAUGAAACGAGGAGUUAAUUUGUCGUUCAUGGUGUUAAACUUUGACUAUUUAAACCGUACCUCCUGCAAAAUGGACAAUUUUUCUUUCAAAGUACCGUAAAAUCUCUAAUAUAGGACACACUGGUUUAUUAGCUGCAGUCUGUUUUGUGGCCCCCUUAAGAAACGGAGGCUGACUAUCUGCUUUCAUCCUCUAUAAUGAAGGUAUAAAAUGUCCCACAAUAAGUUGUAGAUUUUAAAAACCAUGUGUCUUAUACACCAGAUUUUACAGUACACUGUCCAACCCUUUAAACGCUAGCUGCAUGAGAGAUUUCCGACACUGUCGCCACCUUCCUCUGUCUGAAUAUUGUUAUAAGUAUUCUCAUUAUCGCAUGUUUAGACUGAGCUGUAUUUAUUCUGAGCCGUUCUGCAGAUUUCAAGAUGCCAGGACUAAAAGUUUGCAGCCCCAGAUCCUUGUUGUAUCUGCUGUUAACUUUGUAAACAUAAAGCCUGUUUGAGCGUCUUCAUUUCAUGUAUUUAUUAAUUUAGUGUUAAUCCACUGCAGGCUGAAGGCAGCACUGUGAUUUUAAGGUUAAAAAAGCCUGUGGAUGAACUUGGAAAUAUCCAUGUUUUUAAAGCAUCAACCACUGGUUCCCUUCAUGUGUUUUAUCAUGUGUAACCCUUCGUUUUCCUGCUGAUGAUGCCUCUCAUAAACCCACAGCUCCGAAGCACAACAGAUUCCUCCGACGUGUCCUGGAUUUUCAGACUCUUUCCACAUCAGACUUGUGGAGGAAACUUUCACUGUGGAUUAAUGAGAUUCCUUUCUUUUAUUUCCACACUUUGGCUGUGUGGAUUUGUUACAUGGACAUGAUUGAACGAGGAGUGGUUUUAACCCUGAGUGGAUCUGCUCAAAUAGGAAAUUCUUCAGACUGUGAUGUUAAAAAACCACUGGACUAAUGGAGAUUCAUGUCUGAGUAUGACUGAUGCUCUGUUCUGAUAUUUAUUAUGAAUAUUUCAAUUAAAAACACCCAGUGUGUUUAAGGUGA